AUGCGGCAUCUUCUUGCAUUUCGACCUCAGGAAGUACUAGCGAUAGAUUUUUUGAAAAUAGAUAAAGGACGAGGAAAUGACGAAGACAUCUUAGUGAUGACAGACGUAUUCACUAAAUGUUCACAAGCUGUUGCCUGCAAGGAUCAGACCGCUUGUACUGUGGCAAAGGUAUUGCGAGAUUGUUGGUUUUGUCACUAUGGGAUACCCUUGAGAAUCCAUUCGGAUCAAGGGAGUGAUUUUGAAGGUCACUUGAUUAGAGAGAUGUGUAAGCUCUAUGGGAUACAAAAGACAAGAACAUCCCCUUAUCACCCACUGGGGAACAGUCAAGUCGAGAGAUUUAAUUCCACUCUUUGUGGCAUGAUCAGAUCAUUGGAACCAUAUGAGAGAAGACGCUGGCCGGAGCUGCUAAAUCACUUGGUAUAUAUAUGUACAAUUCCACACCACAUCGUGCUACUGGGUUCUCAGUUGAUGUCUGACCGUGAGCCAACCAUUCCUUUAGAUCAGCUACUCAACAAAGCCUGUAAAGAUUGGGAUAAUGAUUAUGUGCAGAAUCAAGCAGAUACUUUAAAGAAAGCUAUGACUAUUGCUGAGAGCCAGAUCAAGAAAACGAGGGAGAAUGAUGAACGUCUACAUGAUAGACGAGUGCAGGUCAAACCAUUGGAAGUCAGGAAUCAAGUAUUGAUUCCUGAAUUUCUGACUUACUGA